AUGGCCUCCGAUAGGUCACCGCCCCAGAAAUCACAGCAACCGCACCACGUGAGGCCUAACCCGCCAUCCUCUGCCACUGCUGCUGCUUCCACUGUCCCAUCGUCGCGCACGGGUUCUCCCGACUCUUCACGCCCCCAGGAGACCCCCGUCGUCGAUGAUUUGCAACCACCCCCAUCCCAGCCCAUGACUGCCAGCGCAUCGCCUGGUGAGCCUGGCCCCUCGGAGCCCCCUAGUAACUCCGCCACGCCUGCGCCGUAUGGCACUCGUUCGCGAGGUCGAAAUGCGGCUCCUCGCCCCAAUUACGCCGAGGACCGUGAUAUCGACAUGGAUCUGGAGAUCGCCCACCCAGCGCCCUCAAAGUCCGCCAAACGGAGUAGUGGCGUCGGUGCCAACAACACACUCAACGGCUCCAGGUCAGAUGGCGAAAAACCUCACUCAUCGUCAAAUUCCCGAAAAAAUCAAACAGCGGUGAAUGGGACCAAUGCCGCUGCCGCCGCCCGGGAUGCCAUUCCAGGCACAUCCUCAUUCUCGACAAAGUCCGAUGAAGCCAACGCGUCUUCCUCCAGCUCCAGGAAACGGAAACAGCCGGCGAGCUCGGCCAACUCUCAAUCUGCUAAUGGGAAUGCGACAAAGAAGAUUUUCACGGCGGCCCCCAGCGCCACCGUGGGCGACAUCUGCUCCAAUAUGGUCUCUUUCGAGACGCAUGGGGCUUAUUUGAACGAUGGGCAGCUGAAAGCUGAUGAUGGCUCCACGUUUGCCGUAAAUGAUCAUGUCUAUCUUAUCUGCGAACCUCCAGGGGAGCCAUAUUAUUUGGCACGCAUCAUGGAGUUCCUCCCUUCCAAGGACAACCCUUCGGGGCCGAUCGAGGCCUUACGGGUAAACUGGUAUUACCGGCCACGUGACAUCCAGCGUAAAGUGGCGGACUCCAGACUUGUAUUUGCAUCCAUGCAUUCCGAUACAUGUCCGCUUGGUUCGCUGCGGGGAAAGUGCCAAAUAAAGCAUCUUUCAGAGAUCGAUGAUCUCGACGAGUAUCGGAAGACGCGAGAUUGCUUUUGGUACGACAAGAUGUUCGAUCGGUAUAUUCAUCGCUAUUACGAAGUGAUCCCUACAAAGAGGGUCAUCAAUGUCCCGGCAAAUGUGAAGAAGGUCCUUGAUGACCGUUGGAAAUUCGUCCUGGUCGAAAUCGGGAAGCGCAAGGAGUUGACAAGCGCUGUCAAAACUUGCAAGCGAUGUGGUCUAUAUGCUGCGAGCACUGAUUCCGUCGAUUGUGCUGUGUGCCAUGACACGUAUCAUAUGUACUGUGUGCGCCCGGUCCUCACGAAGAAGCCCGCUCGAGGAUUCGCCUGGGCGUGUGCAGCCUGUAGUCGCGCCCAAGAACGAAAGCUCGAGGCCCGCAACACCCCCAUUCUGGGCGAGACUCUCGCAGAAGCGGAAGAGGAAAUCGUCGAGGAAGAAGAAGAGGACCCUAAUGCCGCUGCGAAUGGCACUGCGGGGAGUACGCCUGCUCCAGUGGAAGAAGAAGUCCGACCGGCAACCGAAGAGCAGAUGGCCCAGGCCAGAAUGUGGCCUUAUCGCUACCUCGGAAUUCACUGUCGUGUGGAGGACGCUUUGGACUAUGAUGACCGUAUAUACCCUCGCGCCAGUUCUCGAUUAGGACCACGACAUCAGGCCAUGGUAAUCCCGUGGCACGGCCGUCCCGUGGAAUACGUCAAACCACCUGACAUCAAGAAGAAGUACGUGCGAACUCCUGGAGGCCGCAGGGAGGUCAGACUGUCCAAAGAGGCGCUUGCCGCAAUCGAAGCCGCCAAACAAGAGAAAGCAAAUCGGCCGAAAUGGGUAAUGGAUGAGCCCCCUGGGUACAUUCACCGAGGCGAAGACGAGCCAGUGACCGUGAACGGCAAGCAGGUGCGGACAGCCGAGUUGAUGUUCAAGAUGCCCGAGCCGGAUCAGAUUCCGUCGAGAGGCGAGGACGAUGUACCGGGAUCUGAUCUGAGUCCCACUGAUCGGGAGAAGUUCAUUGAUGAAUAUAUGGCCCGUGCGAAGGAAUUGGCUCCCGAAUUGGGCGUGGAAAAGUAUUCCACGAAUUUCCUAGACAAGGCUUUAGAGCUUCUCUACGCUAACAGCUUCGAUGUUGAGGCUGCUCUGGUGAAAUUGAAGCAGAUGAACAAGUUCAAAGACCUGAAGGAACCCCACCUGCGCCCGGAAGAGAUCAAAGCGUUCGAACAGGCUGUCGCGAAAUACGGGUCCGAGUGGCGCAAUAUCACCAAGCAUGUCGGUACCGUCCCGCACUAUCAAAUUGUGCGCUUCUACUACAUGUGGAAGAAAACCCCCCGCGGCCGUCAAGUUUGGGGUAAUUAUGAAGGAAGACGGGGCAAGAAGGAGGCGAAGCGCACCACCGCGGCGAAGCUGGUGGACGAUGUGGCCGACGAUCAGGAUGACUCCGCGUUCGAUAACGAUAAAGCCGAAGAGAAGAAACGUGGUUUUCAAUGCAAGUUCUGCUCAACUCGAACCUCACGACAGUGGCGUCGCGCUCCUGGUGUCCCACCUGGCACCACAACACCAAGCGAACCGAACUCUAGGCAACGAGAUAAGGGGCCCCAACUAACGGUCGCCCUUUGUUUACGCUGUGGCCUGCUUUGGAGAAAAUACGGCAUCCAGUGGGAGAGCGUCGAUGAGGUCGCCAAGAAGAUUGCGCAGAGUGGAAACAAAUCCUGGCGUCGACGCGUGGAUGAAGAGCUGUUGACACAGCUGCUUCUGUCAACUGAGACGCCGAUUAGUAUCAACCCCGCGACUGCUGCCACUGCCGCUGCUAUUGGUGUCCCAGUAAACGCCAACCCGCAAGUGCAGCAAGAGAACACGAAGAAGAGGGGCCGGACAUUGGAGAAGGAGAAAGACGGUGGCGCAACUUCGACAGCUACCUCGGUCGAGCCACCCCCGAAGAAGAAAGCCGUCCCCGAAAAGGUGCAAGAACCACCGCCCCCGAUUGUACCAGAUCCCCCGAAGGCCAAGAUACUUCCCUGUGCUAUCUGCAACAAGAUGGAGCCUGGUGGCGACCAACAUUUGUCUUGCAGAGAUUGCCGCCUGACGGUUCACCGGAGCUGUUACGGUGUUAGCCCAUCGCGAAAUUGCGCCAAGUGGCUGUGCGACAUGUGCUCCAACGAUAGGAACCCCAUGAUCUCGACUUGCUAUGAAUGUGUCUUGUGUCCGGUGUCUUGGACCGAACAUGAGCUGAUGGAGGCUCCCAAGCCUGCGACGAACAGGAAAAAGACGGAGCGAGAUCGGGAGAAGGAGAGACUCGAGAAAGAAAUGGUCAACGAGGCUAUCAAGCUAUAUCGUCAAAGACAAGAGGCGGUUGGCAAACCGAUCGGGCCUCGGGAGCCACUCAAGCGAACUGCCGGUAACAACUGGGUCCAUGUCAUUUGUGCCGUUUGGACCCCAGAAAUCAAGUUCGGCAGCGCCAAAGAACUCGAGCCCGCUGAAGGAUUUGGAUUGAUCCCUCAGGAGAAGUACCGAGAGGUCUGCAAGGUCUGCAAAUCGAGCAAGGGGGCUUGUGUACCGUGUCAUUUUAGCGGCUGCAAUGCCCACUUCCACAUCGGCUGUGCUUUUCAGGCGAAGUAUACAUUCGGCUUUGACAUCGCCCCUGUGAAGAGCUCUCGGAGGGAUACUGUCAGCAGCGUGCGCCUUGGAGAGGAGACCGGGGUCGCUUCAGCCGGAAUUUGGUGUCCUCAUCAUACAACUCCAUCAGUUCAUGCCAUUGGCGAAGCCACCGAGGAAGAGGGCGUCAACGCGCUCCAACGAUACGUCCAAGCUUAUAAGCAAGCGGAUCUCAGUCUGACGGGAACGGUCCGCAGGGCGACCCAUAUCCAACAGUCUGUCGGUGUAUCGCAGCCCGGCACGUCGCACCGGCGCGCAUCGACUGUCAAUGGCACUGCUGCGAAGGAAGGUCACAAGGGAUCAAGGACAUCACCCGCGCCGGACGAGAUGGCAGUCGAUUCCGAGAACCGAAGUCUCCCUCCUCAACUGGAUGGGGCAGGUGUGGCCAGGAAAUGCGUGCACUGCUCAACGGCAUACAGUCCGAGGUGGUGGCCUAUUGAGCAAUACCGUCGGGUGGAUCAUCGAACACCCCUGCUUAAUGGAGUUGGCCUGAAUGACGCGGCUGGAGCCAGAUUUUCCUCCUCAGCGAGCCCACCAUACCUUGCUCGGAACCCAUCCCAGCACUCUCUGCCGAAGCUCAAUGGAGAUUACAGCCCCGCGGAUCGGAACGGACCAGUGGGCAUGGCGGAUGGGCCAUCCCAGACGGCUUACGAAUGUCAUAAAUGCCACCUGAAGAAGGUAACAACAUCUCAGCCUUCCCCGGAACCCAGGCCAUCCCCAUAUUCGGCGCAACGUCCGGUUCUUCCGGCUCCGCGGCUUUCAGAAUACCACGGCCAUCCAUAUGGACCGCAUAGCCACCCCUCCCAGCCCGGAGUCCUCCCGCGGCCGAUUGGCCCCACGCCCAGUGGGCCUGAAUGGGGUUACCCCAGCUACGAUCAACGCUCCAGUGAUUACGGCGAGAGCAAGGUUCGCAAUGGCAUGACCAUGCCGCCCUAUCGUACUGGGCCUUCUGCUCCUGCACACCACAUGAACGGCUACCAACCUUCUCCUCCACAUCACGCGCCUCCCCCGCCCUAUACCGGUAGUAGCGGCCAUCCCCCUCCUCCUCAGCCUUAUUCGACACACCAGAGCCCGUAUGGGCCGGUCCCCUUGCGUUCACCUCAUCCCUCGCACGCCGUGGGCGCUCGGGCGUACGCACCAUCCGCCUCGCCCCCCGACGUACAAGCGACGAUGGUCCGACACUCCCCACCGCAUUCUCUCAGUGCGUUGAACGGCGGGGCACCCUCACGUGUGUAUUCGGUUGACCGGGUACUGGGCCCUGCUACGCAAUCACCGCCGGUAUCGCAGGCGCCAGUCGAUCCUCGCGGUUUAACGCCCCCGACCAAGAUCGAAGAGACGCCGAGUUCAUCUGGGCCGCUGAGUGGUGGUCGCAACCCCAGCGGUACCAGCGGGGCCAAUGGUGGCGGGUCCGGUGCGAGUGCCAGCCCGUCCCUCAAGAAUCUACUCUCUUAG